CCUUGUAAGAAGUUUGUUAAUAAAAGUUUGGUGUUUAUAUGAUAUAUAAGACAACUAAUUCACCUUCUUUAACUCUAUGGAUCACUAUAUGACACACAGUACAUAGGUGAAUAGAAAUUCAUGAAUAUGACAUAGUUUGAGGGUAGAUAUGUAAAGUACUGUACCCAUGGCUGCCAAUAAAGUGGUCCACCAUAUUGACAUAACGUACUUGUUGUCUCAUUUUGAUCAUUAUAUUGCUUAAUUUGAAUCAAACAUAUCAGUCAAAAGUUUGAACAAGUCUUAUUUAUUUAAAAGUUUCAACAAGUAUUUUCCGCGUUGGCCCGUGUGUGAGCCGUCAUAGUUUUGUCCUUUGUAAAAGGCACCUCUCGGUGGGUUGAGAAGAUUGUGUGUUGUAUAUAAACUACCCUUAUCCCUGAUAUCCAAGUGAUGAUGUAGACUUUUAAGUGUACCAGAACAGGGAACAUAAGUAUUUAUUAUAAUUUUUCUAUGUCUCAGUUUAGUCAUUUGUUAAUAGUUGAUGUAACGAGGGUUUCUGCCCCUCGUGUAUUUAUUAUUAUAAAAGAAAUUGUGGUCAUCAUUAUUGCCUACUUUGUCAUCUUGGUUGCGGGCAGAAAAAGGAAAACACUUGUUUCUUUAGUUAUAUAAUUUUUUAUAUCUCAAUGACUUAGAUAAGUCUUCUCUACCUAUCCUAUUUUAAUGUUCCUUCCUGUCCUAUUCUCUCUACUUCAAUUCCAUAUUUUACGUUAGAGGCAGAAGACAAUACUUUUCUGGUGUUGUUUCCCUCUCAAUAUGGUGGGAAAAAACUCAAAUCAAUUAGAGGAAUCCACUAAUUCUACUUAUGAUAGAGAAGCUGAAGUGAAAGCUUUUGAUGAUUCAAAAGCAGGUGUCAAAGGUUUAGUGGAGUCAGGAGUCUCAAAGAUCCCACGCAUGUUCCAUACUGGGAAGUUGGACAUCGGCGAAAACUCAGGCAGCGACUCCAAGUUGAGUGUUCCCAUCGUAGACCUCAAAGACAUACACCCCAAUCCAGCUCUGCGCGUAGAGGUAAUUAACCAAAUUCGAAGUGCAUGCCAUGAGUGGGGAUUUUUUCAGGUGAUUAAUCAUGGAAUUCCUGUUACUGUCUUGGAUGAAAUGAUUGAUGGGAUCCGUAGGUUUCAUGAACAAGAUGCUGAUGUAAAAAAAGAGUUUUACACGCGUGAUUUAAAGAAAAAAGUUAUUUAUGUCUCCAAUCUCACCUUGUUUAGUGGUCAAGCUGCUAAUUGGAGGGAUACAUUUGGUUUCCGUGUUGCUCCUCAUCCAUUCAAACCAGAAGAAAUACCACUAAUAUGCAGAGAUAUUGCGAUUGAGUAUUCGCAGAAAAUAACAGAUUUGGGAUUCACGAUCUUUGAGUUAUUGUCAGAGGCACUAGGACUUAACCCUUCUUACCUCAAGGAGUUGAAUUGUACUGAAGGACUCUUUAUUUCGGGUCAUUACUAUCCACCAUGUCCUGAACCUGAAUUAACCAUCGGCACUACUAAGCAUACUGAUAGUAACUUCAUGACAUUACUUCUACAAGACCAACUUGGUGGUCUUCAAGUUCUUCACGAUGAUAAAUGGGUCAACGUUCCUCCAACACACGGAGCUCUUGUUGUAAACAUAGGAGAUCUGCUACAGCUUAUCACAAAUGACAGGUUUGUAAGUGUUUAUCACCGAGUCUUAUCGCAAAACAUAGGCCCCCGAAUUUCUGUAGCAAGCUUCUUUGUGAAAUCUUCUGACCCAGUUGAAGGUACAUCAAAGGUUUAUGGUCCUAUUAAGGAAUUGCUUUCAGAAGAGAACCCGCCAAUCUACAAAGACAUUACCAUAAAAGAUUUCUUGGCACAUUAUUAUGCAAAAGGCCUUGAUGGGAACUCUUCCUUAGAGCCCUUCAAAUUGUAAAUGUAACAAGUGAAUGCACUUUUGAUUCUCGCGGAGCUGGCUAUAGUCUAUCUAAAUAACCAGCCAUGUAAUUAGCUAUAAGUGUCUUCUAUAUGUAUCAAGUUUCUGAGACUGAAAUAAAUGAAUUAUCUAUGCUUGUUGACAUUUUCUGAAA